UGCAAGUUUUAAUUUAUUUUAGCAGUGUAAAACCCUGCAUUCAGACAACAGAAAAAAAGUUUUCAGCCCAUAUUUCCCCUUAAUUUACCUUCAAACUUGACUUUCAGUUGUAUCCAGGAGAGCAUACCGGCUUGCUACAUAAAUGUCACUUUUGGUGGCAGGUUUAGUUCAGCAACAUCUGAAAUGCUGUCCAGCCCUUCUCAGAAGCAGCCAGGAAGAACUGCUUAAAAUACUAUAACCUGAUGCUUUGGAUUAAAACCAUAUUUGCACAAGUCGUUAUUCAAACAAUUCUAAAUGGCAGGCUGUAGCCUGGGAGUUGCAUCAUAGCAAAGAGAGGAACUUGGCACAAGCAAAGGGGGGACAGCCCUGAUAUAGGUUAUGUGUGGCACAUAACCCAGUUAUACAGAGACCGGAGCGUUGGGGAUGGGUGGAGCAUUCACUAAACACUGCACUGGGUGUGAUCCUUAAAAAAGUUCCAUAGUCCAAACUGGCUGGAACACCUGAAACUGGAGAGGGCUGGAGUGCGUCCUGGAACGUCCUGAGAGUAAAGAGGAACUGAUAUUUGCUGGUGCAACACACACACAGCUUUGAGCUGCAAGAUAUCAGUCCAGUUUGGAGACUGGGGUCUCUACAGCUUCUGUGGAUUGUGGUGGAAACGUCUAAGCCUUAGCUCAGGAGAUACAGCUUUCGAUGACUGGCACUGCCAUGCAGCUAGGUGGCAUUUUGGCUGAAAUGGAAUUCUGAGGGAUUACAAACCCAGUUUAGUGCCAGAUUACUCACCCAACCUCAAGUUAAUUGGUAGGUGAUGGCUUUAUAGCAUUUAAGGAAUUAGUGACUCAAGGCCACCGGAUUCCACUUUACACAAGACUCUGGAGUAUAGAUACCUCCAUAAGGUUCAUGAUUCUUACUAAUCACCUCCCACAGUGAAAAUACAACCAGCAAGUGGUUUUCCAGGAGUACAGAAAGCACCAGCAACUACAGGAGCAAAGAUACAUCUGGCAAUAGAAAGAGAGGAGAUACCACUUGCUACUACAGAAGUAGAAACACCCCUGGCAUCUACACGAGUGAAGAUACCAACUGUCCGAAAGAAGCACUGUUUGGCCUUUUUGUAACUGCCCCGUGAUCAAUCAUGCCCAAUUUAUAUAUGGACUACCAUUCUCUUGGCUCACCCCUGAGGAUACUGCGCUUUGCCCAGGUCUUCUUCUCCUGCACCUCCUUCAGCUUGGUGGCCAGCGUUAACAUGUACGGCAACAUCUAUGGAAACUGGAGCAUGUUCACGUGGUGCUUCUGCUUCGCAAUCACUAUAAUAAUAAUAGUGCUGGAGAUAACUGGCCUCUGCCACCGUGUCGCCAUCUCUUGGGAAGAUUUCACCUCAGCCUUCUCCAUGCUGGCUACACUCAUGCUCUUCACUACUUCCAUCAUGUAUCCAUCUAUCUACCUCAGGGGCGGGUGUAGUGGUCAUUCCUGUGCCUGUCGUGGUGCAGCUACAGCCACCUCAAUCUUGUGUUUCUUUGCUUAUGCUGCAGAGGUCGGGCUGAUUCGGGCGAAACCAGGGGAGGUUAGUGGUUUUCUCUCCACGGUGCCUGGGUUACUCAAGAUCUUGCAGUCCUACGUGGCUUGUUUGAUCUUCUCCCUCAUUCCAGGCAUUCCUUAUGGGGGCCUUGGUGGACUCCAGUGGUGCGUGGCUGUAUUCUCCAUCUGCUUCAUUAUCACCACCCUUAUCGUUUUCAUCACCAUCGGAGGUCUUUUGGUGAUUUUAUCCACUUAUCUUGAGAAGGUCCUGAUCGGUUAUAACAUCCUGUGUGUGGCCAUGUACAUCACCGUGGCCAUCAUUUGGCCUUAUUACAAUUUCAAGGACAACCCAAACAGGCCAGACAGCUGUCAGCUUAUCAAUGGAUGCAUAUGGGAAAAUUCCCUUGGAGUGACAUUCCUCAUCUACUUCAACCUAGUGGCUUACAUUGUAGACUUAGUGUACUCCUCCCGAAUGAAUUUCAUCACUGGCUAAGCCUAAGUUCUCCAAUUUGAACCAGGCAAAGCUAUUUCUUUGUUUGUUUUAAUGAUUCCCCACAAAAGGUAACAUUUCGGCAACACAUGGUAUUAAAUUGUUAUAUAUUUCCCUUCUAUUGUUUCUCCGUAUCACAUGGUCACUGGGGGGGGGCACUGUUUCAUUGGAGUGUAGAGAUUUUAUACCAUUUGUAGUAUCACACUAAUCGCUUCUCUCAGUAUAGACAAACAUUGGUGCUACUGUAACUGCCCUGCCAAAACAGAAAUGGUAACUCCAUUUUUUUUAACCAUUAAAUAAAAUUUUUGUGAUGUAGACAGUGUACUUGGAUGAAGUCUUUGCAAAUGGUCUUGUUUAAUUUUAGGAUUUCUGAAGCUCUCUCUUUAAUGUAAACACACAUUGGGUUGCUAAGGUAAGACUGACUCAAGCAACCAGGCUGUGGUUUAGAUGGAAGCCUGUAGGGUCAGACUGGAAAUCCUAGGGGCACACCAGAGAACCUGAAAUUGAGGGCCCACUCUCACAGCUAUGGUGCUCAGUGGGAGAUCUCAUAGUACCCUGGCAUCCCUUAAAAUAGAGCUCCUUGGACACCGUUUUGCCUUGGCCCAUUUCUGCUUAGCAACUAUUAAUCACUGCAGGUUGUAGGUAGAGUGUUUGAGCAGUGCAGUGCAGGAGUGUUUACUUUCCCUUUAAAAUAAACUGUUCCGUUUAGAUGCCAAGUACUGGAAUGACGGAGAAAACAAAUAACAAAAAACAAAAAGUGGAAUAUAGUAUAGUAUUUUUUUUAAAAAUUAUCCACUGAACACCAUGUGUUGAAAUAGGAAAAAGGCGAUGUAAUAUAUCACUUCCCCUUUAAACGUUCACUCUUUCAUUCGUUCGAUUCGAAGGAUUUUAAUCCAUCGAUCAAAUGAUUUUUC